AUGCCAUUCCUGCCUCAGCUCUGUGCCAGCCCUGCCUCAGCCCUAUGCCAUUCCUGCCUCAGCCCUGUGCCAUUCCUGCCUCAGCCCUAUGCCAUUCCUGCCUCAGCUCUGUGCCAGCCCUGCCUCAGCCCUAUGCCAUUCCUGCCUCAGCUCUGUGCCAGCCCUGCCUCAGCCCUGUGCCAGCCCUGCCUCAGCCCUGUGCCAGCCCUGCCUCAGCUCUGUGCCAGCCCUGCCUCAGCCCUGUGCCAGCCCUGCCUCAGCCCUGUGCCAGCCCUGCCUCAGCCCUGUGCCAUUCCUGCCUCAGCCCUAUGCCAUUCCUGCCUCAGCUCUGUGCCAGCCCUGCCUCAGCCCUGUGCCAGCCCUGCCUCAGCCCUGUGCCAUUCCUGCCUCAGCCCUAUGCCAUUCCUGCCUCAGCCCUGUGCCAGCCCUGCCUCAGCCCUGUGCCAGCCCUGCCUUAGCCCUGUGUCAGCCCUGCCUCAGCCCUAUGCCAUUCCUGCAUCAGCUCUGUGCCAGCCCUGCCUCAGCCCUGUGCCAGCCCUGCCUCAGCCCUGUGCCAGCCCUGCCUUAGCCCUGUGUCAGCCCUUAGACACAGAGGAAGACAGCCAAAAAAGGAAUGUCUGGGCUGAAGCAUGCUGA